AUGAGUCUGUCUUUAAAAGAUUUGGAGGGUACAAAUCCCAAACUACAGCAUCGAUUAUUGACGCCAUUUCUUUCGAAGAAAGUGCCACCUUUGGCGUCUGAAGAAGACAGAAAGCCUUUUCCAGAAAGCAAGGCUAACAUAUUGUCGAAGAUAUUUUUUUGGUGGUUGACACCAAUAUUAAAAGUCGGAUAUAAAAGAACAUUGACACCAGAAGACUUGUUUUACUUAACAGAUGAUGUCAAAGUAGAUACCUUGGUAGAGAAAUUCUAUGGCCACUAUUCAAAACGACUUGAGAAAGCGAAACAGAAGCACUUGGCUAAAAAGUAUAAGGAGAGAAAUGAAACACCCGAUACAUCUUCUGUUGAAGUUGAGGAUGAUCUUCAAGAUUUCGUUCAAACUAAGUGGGUAACUAUAAUAUCUGUUGCAGAAACAUUUGCUUUUAGGUACUCGCUUGCUUGUGCCUUCGUUGUUCUUGCAUUUUCUGGACAGACUUUAAAUCCCUUGCUUUCACGAAAAUUAAUUUCAUUUGUUUCUCAAAGGGCCCUUGGUUUAGAACCUCAUGUGGGUAAAGGUAUUGGUUAUGCAAUUGGGUCGACCGUGUUAGUGUUCAUUUCAGGAAUUUUUUUCAAUCAUUUUUUCUUCCAGUCGAUGAUGACUGGAGUUCAAGUUAAAGCCCUUUUAACCAAAGUUAUUUUGGAUAAAUCAUUCAAGUUAAAUGAGGAAUCACGUUAUAAAUAUUCAGUUGGAAAAAUCACUUCUCUUAUGGGUACAGAUUUAGCCAGAAUUGAUUUUGCACUUGCUUUCCAACCAUUUUUAUUCACUGCACCCGUACCAAUAGCUAUAGCUAUUAUUAUAUUAAUUGUAAAUAUAGGAGCACCAGCGCUAGUGGGAGUUGGAAUUUUGUUUGCAUUCUUACUCAGCAUGGGUCUCAUCGUGAAAAAACUCUUUGCUUACAGAAGUAAAGCAAAUUCUUAUACUGAUUCAAGGGUUGACUACAUCAAGGAAGUUUUGAAUAACUUAAAAGUCAUCAAGUUUUAUUCUUGGGAACCCCCAUACCACAAAAAUAUUUCUGACAUCAGAAAUAAGGAAAUGAGUAUUAUUUACAAAAUGCAAGUUUGGAAGAACUUCAUUACGUCGAUGGCGAUGUCAUUGACAUUUAUAACGUCAAUGUGCUCCUUUUUAGUGUUGUAUGCCAUAAAUGGCACUAGAGACCCUGCUGAUAUAUUUGCAUCGCUUACAUUAUUUGGUCUCUUGGCUCAGCAAGUUAAUUUUCUUCCGCUUGCUUUGGCAUCUGGAUCUGAUGCGUUUAUUGGUUUGUCGAGAGUCGGUGAGUAUCUAUCAUUAGAUGAAAUCGAUCUUGAACAAGUCACUAUUGAAGCUUCACCUGAAAUAAAGGUUUCAAUGGAGAAGGAUGACGUAGCAAUCAAGGUUGAUGAUGCAACAUUCGAAUGGGAAUCUUUUGAUAUGAAGGAGGGAGAUGAUAAUGACAAUGAUGCUAGCCAUGAAAACGACGAUGGUCUUGCUGAUAAUGAAAGCAAGGUCCAAAAAGUAAAGGAAUCUGUUGAAUCGACGCCUAGCGAGAAAUCCUAUGGAAAAAUCGAGUCUGACGAAAGCACAGUGGAUGAAAGAUCUUUCACCGGUUUAAGAGAUGUAGAUUUAACAAUUAAAAAAGGUGAAUUCAUUGUCGUUACAGGUUUGAUUGGCUCUGGAAAAACAUCUUUAUUGAAUGCUUUGAGCGGAUUUAUGAAACGUAGCAAGGGAUCUAUCAGUGUGAAUGGCUCUCAUUUGCUCUGUGGUUACCCGUGGGUUCAGAACAAUACCGUGAAAAAUAACAUUCUAUUUGGCUCUGAUUAUGAUGAGAAAACAUAUAAUGAAGUAGUUUAUGCUUGUUCAUUAGAGAGUGAUUUAGAUAUUUUGCCAGCAGGAGACAACACAGAAAUUGGUGAACGUGGAAUUACUCUCUCGGGGGGUCAGAAAUCAAGAAUCAAUCUCGCAAGGGCUGUUUAUGCAGAUAAAGAUAUCAUUCUUAUGGAUGAUGUCUUAAGUGCAGUUGAUGCUAGAGUGGGUAAGCACAUUAUGGACAAUUGUAUGCUUGGUCUAUUGAAGGAUAAGACCAGAAUAUUGGCAACUCACCAAUUAUCUUUGAUAGGUUCAGCUGACAGAGUCAUUUUCUUAAAUGGUGAUGGUACCAUUGAAAUAGGAACUUUUGAAGAACUUCAAUCUAAAAAUGAGGGAUUUAGUAAGUUGAUGAAUUUCAGUAAUGAUCAUGAAAGUGAAGAUGAGGAAGAAAAUGACUUCGAGGAUGAAGGUGAUGACUUGGAACUUGAGAAAGAGGAGAUUAAACGCCAGGUUUCCAAGAAAUCAGUUCAGGAUGAAGAAGCUAUUCAUAGAAACUUCAAUGAGGGUAAAGUUGGUAGCGGUAAAUUAAUGGAAAUAGAAGGUAGAGCUGUAAAUGGGAUCAAAUUCGAAGUUUACAGAGACUAUGUUAAACAUGGGUCUGGUAUUUUUCCGCGAUACACGGUUUUUUGCUUCAUCAUAUUGUGUAUGAUUUUGUCAACCUACUGUAUGUUGUUCACCAACACUUGGCUUUCAUUUUGGACGGAAUAUAAGUUUAGAAACAAAUCGAAUGGUUUUUAUAUCGGCUUUUAUGUGAUGUUCACCUUCUUAGCAUUGAUAUUCUUAACAGUAGAGUUUGUUGCAUUGGCAUAUUUGGCAAAUACAGCGUCGGUGAAAUUGAACAUUCUUGCAAUAGAUAGAGUUUUGCACGCGCCUAUGGCAUUUAUGGAUACUACACCUAUGGGUAGGAUUUUGAAUAGGUUCACGAAAGACACCGAAGUCUUAGAUAAUGAGAUUGAAGAUGAACUUAGAAUGUUGAUCUUUACCUUUGCCCAAAUAAUAGGUAUAAUAAUUUUGUGCAUUUGUUACUUACCGUGGUUUGCCAUUGCCGUUCCUUUCAUGAUAUUUGUGGUAGUUGCAAUAGCUAACUUUUAUCAGGCUUCUGCAAGAGAAGUGAAACGUCUUGAGGCAGUUCAGAGAUCUUUUGUAUAUGAUAUCUUUAACGAGACUUUAGGCGGAAUGCCUACUAUAAAAUCUUUCCAAAGCGAAGGCAGAUUUCUUAAUAAACUUUCAGCAUUGAUUGAUAAAAUGAAUGAGGCCUAUUACGUCACAAUAGCAAAUCAGCGUUGGUUGGGUGUGCAUUUGGAUAUUGUAACUUCCGGCUUUGUUCUUUUGAUCUCUCUUCUCUGUGUUAACAAAGUGUUCAACAUAAAUGCAUCAUCUGUUGGUUUGGUUUUAUCCUACUCCUUUCAAAUUACGGGUCAAGUGGUUAUGCUUAUAAGAACCUUAACUCAAGUCGAAAAUCAAAUGAAUUCAGCCGAGAGAUUAUGCCAGUACGCAUUUAAUUUGCCUCAGGAGGCACCUUAUUAUAUCGAGGAUACGGCUCCUAAAGAAACAUGGCCUGAAGAAGGAGGUAUAGUGUUUGACCAAGUUUCAUUAGCUUAUAGGCCGGGCCUUCCAUUGGUCUUGAAAAGUUUAGACUUCAAAAUUAGACCUAUGGAAAAAAUUGGAAUCUGUGGUAGAACCGGUGCCGGAAAAUCUUCUUUAAUGACAGCGUUAUAUCGUUUAACAGAGCUAGAGGCUGGGCUGAUAUACAUUGACGGAGUUGAUAUCUCUACGAUUGGUCUUUAUAAUUUGAGAUCAAAAUUGUCGAUAAUUCCACAAGACCCAGUCUUAUUCAGAGGGACAAUAAGAAAGAAUUUAGACCCCUUUAAUCAAAGCCUGGAUGAUAGCUUGUGGGAUUCCUUAAGAAGAUCGGGUCUUAUCGAAGACCAAAAGUUAGAAUUUGUCAAGGCACAAAAAAAGGACAACCCAAAUAUGCACAAAUUCCAUUUAGACCAGAUUGUGGGUGACGAGGGAGGAAACUUUUCGCUCGGAGAGCGACAGCUUUUGGCAUUUGCAAGAGCUGUAGUAAGGGAGUCUAAAAUUUUGAUUUUAGACGAAGCAACUUCCUCAGUGGACUAUGAAACCGAUGCUAAGAUCCAGUCGAACAUAGUAAAUGAAUUUGCUGAUUGCACUAUUUUAUGCAUUGCCCAUAGAUUAAAAACCAUUAUCAAUUACGAUAAAAUUUUGGUUUUAGACAAAGGCGAGAAGAGAGAAUUUGAUACACCUUGGAACUUAUUUAAUAGGGACGGUAGCAUCUUUCAGCAAAUGUGUCAUAGGUCUAAAAUUGUCGCUGAAGAUUUUGAGCGAAAGGACGUUUAG